CUACAGACCAUGUCAUCUCCGAUGCAUGCCUAAGACACGCACCAAAGAUAAACAACAACAAUAAUAAUAAUAAUAACAAUGAACACAGUGACCGCCGCCACCUGCUUGCUCGUCGCCGGCUUCAGCUGCUACCUCUAUGGCAGCGAUGUGUUGUUAUCGCUGCUCCGUGUCUCUGUUGCAGACUCUUCCAUGCCCGAGCCGGGAGCUGCUCCGCGGCGGAGUCCGCAGGGAGUCCCCUACACCGACCUGCAGCACAUCGUCAACGCCGAUGGACUGCACCUGUUCUGCCGCUACUGGGAGCCAGCUGGUCCGCCAAGGGCUCUGGUGUUUAUUGCCCACGGGGCCGGGGAGCAUUGUGGGCCGUAUGAUGAGAUUGCACAGAGACUGAAGGAACUGUCCCUGCUGGUAUUCGCACACGACCACGUUGGCCAUGGUCAGAGUGAAGGAGACAGGAUGAACAUCAAAGACUUCCAGGUUUACGUCAGAGACUCCCUGCAGCACAUUGACCUGAUGAAAUCCCGCCACCCCGACCUGCCCGUCUUCAUCGUGGGUCAUUCCAUGGGUGGUGCUAUCUCCAUCCUGACCGCAUGUGAGAGGCCCAGUGAUUUUGCUGGAGUGGUUCUGAUAGCGCCGAUGGUCCAGAUGAACCCAGACUCAGCCACACCGUUCAAGGUUUUUCUGGCGAAGGUGCUGAAUCACAUGCUACCUAGCCUCACUCUGGGCUCCAUCGAGUCUAAAUGGGUCUCACGGGACCAGACGCGGGUGGAGGCAUAUGAUGCUGAUGAGCUGAAUUUCCACGGCGGGAUGCGAGUGUCGUUCGGCAUGCAGCUGAUGGGGGCUGCGGCUCGCAUUGAGAGGGAGAUCCCGUCCAUCAGCUGGCCCUUCCUGCUCCUGCAUGGCGAUGCUGACAAGCUCUGCGACAUCCGAGGCUCUAAGAUGAUGUACGAGAACGCCCCGAGCACAGACAAGAAAAUCAAGGUCUAUGACGGAGGCUACCACGCCCUUCACCACGACCUCCCGGAGGUAGCCGAGUCCGUUCUAAAGGAAGUGACCAGCUGGAUCACAGAGCGCCUUCCCGCCACGACAACGCCACAACCGCAAGGCUCGUAGACUUAUAACUUAUAUAACCCGGUCAGUGCUCCAACGCCGACCUCGUCCCAAGAGGCCUGCUCAUAUUCCAGUAGUCAGGUAUAAAAAUACUACUCCAAUGUCUAGUCAGAGAAAUAGAUUGGGGCAUAUAGACUGACAUUAUUCUCUCAGUAUAACAAGUUUACUAACUUUAUCCUCUGGUCAUAUACUGUACAAAAAAAGAAUAUACCACCCUUUCCUGUGUACCCAUCAAUCAGCCCACCGAUUUAAAUUGGAUGAUGGUGACAGAAAACCACUUCUUAUUGUAGAUACUCAGCAGCAGAGGUCAGUUUUCCCUGCAAAACGUACAAUCAUCUAUGUGUUUCAGCCUGCAGGCAAAUUUGGUUACCUUUUCAUCAUCUCAGUUACCUUUAGUCUCCACUGAAGUGCAGCUCAAGACAAGUAAACUUUAAGCUACAGUAUUCUGGGGUUCGAAGUGCAAUAAUGAAGUUUCUGUUUCCUAUGUACAGGACAUGUUUUUUUCUUCAAUUAGCAAUGUAAUACAUUAUUCAUCUGAACAGGGAUGUUUCCUUUUAGUUCAUCUUUCAUUCACAGACAGGUCAGAGGUCAGGAUCAGCUAGAGGUAGCGAGCUGUUUCAUUGUCUCCACAGUGUCAAUAGUUGUAUAAUAGACAACACCAGUGUAUCCGAAGCUGUUAUUAUAAAACCUCCUUAGUUUUCUCUCCCCUGUGUGAUUCGACAAACGCCCAUCUCCUCUGCUUCUUCUGCCUCCUCCUCGCGCUUUUUUCAUAUAGUGCGUAAAAUACCACUUUUGACACACGCAGCUCUUGUAGUGUCGCUGUAUCUUCAUAGUGUAAGCACAGUUGGCUGUGUCAGUAUACAAUAAAUCUUCUCUUCUCUUGACAUUAUAUGUAAAGAUGGGUGGAAUACAACCCAGCCUAAGGACUAGUUUCAACUCUACAUCCCAGCAAAAUAUUUCACAUCUUACGUAUUCUUACCGCAGUUAAAGACACAUUUUAUUUAUUUAUUAUUAUAUCCAAAGGGGAACUUACCUAUCGCCUCAGUUUACUGACUGAAUGACCAAUGGACACAAUCAUUAUCUUGAUGAUCUUCUUAAUUUCCCUUGAAUUUUAGAGUUCACUUUUAAGGCAUCGCCUCUCUCUGUGCUAUACUGUAUAUCUGACCUACAAGUCGAAUACUAGUCAGUAUGUUGCCUGAGAUCCUCGGGCAGAGGUCUUCCCAAAGCUAUGGAACAAACUGCCUGAGGAAAUCAGGUUAGCAGAAAAGAGCUUUUCCUGAUUUACAGACUGAACUUAUUCUGAUGACACUGUAAUUAAUUUUAAUUGUUUUUAUUGCUUAUUACUCUAUCUGAAUGUUUUUAAUGAUCUGCUUGUUUUGAAGUUGUUGCCUUGUGUGAAGGACUUUGUAAUGAGGGUUUAGAAAAGUGCUCUCUAAAUAAAGAUUAUUGUUAUAAUUAACUAUGCUCACCAAUAUUUCUUGGUGAGUAUAGUUAAGGGAAAUUAAGAGGAGGUAAACUAUAACCAGGUGAAGCUGUUUUGUCUCUCUCUCUGCAGGUGGGAAUUAGAGGGUCAGCGCAAGGGUCAAGAGGCCACAAGGUCUCUCCUAUCUGCGGCCUUUGACCUUUAAGGUCACCGUUGACUUCACUGUUAAGAGUCGCUCUUUCAAACCAUAACUUCAUUGAGCUCAGGCUGCAGACUGGGGCCCAGCUGGAAAAUGAGAGGGACACAUCUCAGUUACUGUGGACAAAAGUAGAUCUCCUUUGUUGACAUAGCAGCUGCCAUUUGAUGGACACAUCUCCAAAACACUUUAAAGUAAUGUGGCUGCACACAUUUCUAGCAUGGGUGGCCACAGUGGGAAUCUAGCCUCUAUCUCAGGACAAUGCUAUAGUCACAGUUUUUUGGAAAACAGGAUAACAAAAAUA